AUGCUUCAAUCAACCCUAACUGAUGUGGGAAGACUGGGCACUCUUCUUAAAGCAUGUUAUAACACAAAGAAUCUAGGAACGGGGAUUUGUCUCCAUUCAGAAAUUUCAAGAAGUGAGCACCAUGCCAAUGUCUACCUCAACACUCUCAUCAUCAAACUUUACGGAAAGUGUGGUCUCAUUGAACGGGCGCUGGACGUCUUCAACCAGAUGCCCUACAGAAACAUUCUUACCUGGAACAACAUGAUCGCUGCAUAUGCCAAAUCAGGGCAUUUACAAGAAGCAGAAAUUUUGUUUCAUCGCAUCCCUGAACGAGACAUUGAAUCAUGGGUUGCACUUGUCGUUGGAUAUGCCACAUGUUCUUGUGUUGAUAAGGCAAAUCUCUUUUUUGAAAAAAUGCCAGAAAAAAAUCUCAUGGCAUCAAAUGCAAUGCUAGCAGCUUUUGCCAAAACAAAUAAUCUGCAUAGUGCAGAAACUCUGCUAAAUAGAAUGCUUGAAUGGGAUAUUUUCUCGUGUAACACGAUAUUGUCGGCAUAUUGCCAAGACGGUAAUUUAACUAAAUCUAAACAAGUUUUUCAGUCCAUGCUUGAAAAGGAUGUAGUGACGUGGACAACUAUGGUUGUAGCAAAUGCCCAUGCAGGGCACCUGGAAGAAGCCCAUUGUCUGUUUGUACAAAUGCCUUCAUAUGACACAAUUGUGUGGAACGCCAUGGUAGCCGCAUAUGGACAGGCAGGGCAAUUGGAAGAAGCAAUUAUUUUAUUUGAGAGCAUGCCAGAUAAAAAUGCAGCAUCAUGGAAUGCAAUGAUCUGUGCUUACACACGCAAUAACCAGCCAAGGAAGGCAAUUGAUUUGUUUUAUAGGAUGAAUGUGCCACCAAACAAGAUCACAUUUCUUACGGUGAUUGAGGCAUGUUCUAGCAUCCCAGAUCUUCUCCAGGGCAGGGAAAUCCACCAGAGAGUUGUACACCCGGAGGAGAUUGAGAUUGCAAAUGCCGUCAUCAGCAUGUAUGGUAAUGGUGGAUCGAUUGAAUGGGCAGAGAUAGUUUUCUCAAGAAUGGCAAAUCGAAGUAUCAUUUCCUGGACGGCGAUGUUGACAGCACUUUCCCGAACUGGGCAUUUUGGAAGGGCUGUUGAAUGCUUCCAUAGCAUGCUUGUUGAAGGCGUGACACCAAACGAGAUCUCAUUUAUUGGCAUUAUUGCUUCUUGUGGUCAUGGAGGAUCACUCUGCCAAGCCAAACAUUUCCUGAUCUCCAUGAUCCAGGACUUUGGGAUUGAGAGCAUGGUUGAUCACUAUGUUUGCAUUUUUGACAUGCUUAUGAGGGGUGGAAAGCUGGAGGAAGGGAUGGAACUUCGAAAGUCCAUUCAGUUGUUGCUCAGUGGUAGAUAA